UUGAUCAGCCACGCCUUCUUGCUGCAAAAGCCAAAAGGAGAAAGAGGCAAAGAAUAAAGACGCUAUUAAAAGAGGAGAGGGCUCUAUAGGGAAAGGAUUGGACCGUCCCCGCCUGUAGGAUCAUACCUCCACUGCUGUAGACUGUAGCGGUUGAGGCGGGAAGGUGGAUAGAUAUUAAUUUCUUUCUCUUUAUUUUAAAGUUUAUUAAGCAACAGCUCCUUCAUUCAUUACUAUUAUUAAUGGCUAAUUCUAAGGAGGAGAUUUUUGAAAGUUCCGUCAAUAGCUCUGGAGACCCAGUCAAAUGGGCGGAGUCUCUUUUCGAACAGAUGCAGAGUACCAUGCAGUUCUUACUACAGAAAUAUCAAAUACAGGAGAUUGAUCUGAGGAGUAUGCUGAAUGUGAUUGGUCAGUUAUGGGAACUGGUGGAGGAGACUCAGACCUCGUCCGAGAAUACAAGGGACCAACUGAGGGAGCUUGAGGAGAAAUGGAAAGAGGAAAAAGGAAUAAGGAGACUAGUGGAAAAGAGGAAGUCAGAGCUUGAGAGUCGGUUUGACGAGGAGAGGUAUCAGUGGCAGGGGGAGAAGCAGGAGCUACAGAAAGAGAAGGUUUUAUUGGAAACCAAGAACAAGCACCUCAUGGAAAGAAAUGAGGAUUUGCUUGAGGACAUUAAAAAGCAAAGAGAUCAGUUUGACGAUAACCAAAGAAUGAGAGACGAAUUAAUGGAUCAGUAUAAGAAGCAGUACGAAAUAGCCAGGACGUCAUCACUAAGACGGACUAAAAAAUCUAAAAAUCCCAGGUCCCUACCCGGUGUCCCAGGGGGUCCAGCUGAAUACAGCAACCCAUCAAGACGGCAAAUGCCAGUGCCAGUCCACGCCCACUCUAAUCAAAGCCACGCCCCCAAUUACUAUCAGUCUACCAUUCCUGAAGGGGUACAAGGUCACGGUAUGUCUAGUUUGAGUCCCAAACGUACUAAAGAUCCAAAGAACCUUGUCUCACUAAGAGGUGAGAUGGAGUAUCAAUCAAUGGAGGAUGAAACUGAAUCCAAUAAUGAACCACCAGCUACAGAAGAUUAUGAGUCAAUGCUUCCUCCUGGCUAUCAUGUCACACUCCAGCAAGAGCUUCUCAAUGUCAGUCCUGAUAUUUUGGCUCCGGCAGCUGCUGAACUUGAGGUCUUGAGGAAAGAGCUUGAAGAGACUAAGAAAUCAAACGAUCACUUGAAAUCGCGUUUGGAAUCAGUGAGAUUAGAGAAAGAGGAUAUUGAAGGUGACUGUGCUCAAGUUGCUUUGGAGGUUGGGUAUUACAAAAAAGAAAUGCAAGAACUGCAGGAGCAACUAGCACUGUUAAGAGCUGAACGUGAUGAGAUAUUAGAGUGUUAUCUUGAUCAGCCUUUCGAUGUUUAUUGUGUAACAAAGAAGGAGCUUCAUGAGGUGUUAAAGAAACUCCACGAAACACAAUUAGAAGUUCAUAGACAAAAUGAAGAGAAGCAAACUCUUAGGAUGCAGCUGGAGAAAGGUCGUAAGAAAGGAGGAUGGAAGAGGUUUGCUGAGAAGUUUAGAAAUGUUUUUCAUCGUCAUGACAAUUCAAAUAAAGUCGAACCGAUAAUAAAUCACGUAGAAGAAACAUACACUAGUCUUUCUGUUCCAUCUGAGGCCCCAUUCUCCCCUCAUGAUCCAAGCUAUAUAAAGUCCCUCCCUGACUUCGAGCUCAGUAAAGGUUGGCUAGUCCCUAAGGAUGGCCUCCCUACUUUGGCCUCCCUCCCUUCUCUCUACUGUCAGAUUACACUCAAGGAGUAUCACGUGACUGAAAAGAUAAAUUGUAUGGCUGUUGGUUGUGUGUCUCAUUCUGUGAGUCUCUCUCCUUCAAGAAAGAGGUUAAACUUGUUACCAUUAGCAGCUCGUACCAUGAGGGGUAGAUUGUCUGCUCAAGUUUGGGUUGCUUCCUCUGAAGGACCAGCUAGCUUCAUAGAAAUAAUUGAUGUAUUAGCGAAGAGAGUGGUGGAUCGGUUCCUAGUCAAGGGUACACAGGUCAUUGGUAUGGUGGCGGUCCACGGUCGCCUCUCUCCCUCUAGAACCUCCUCCCCUACUCCUCUAACACCCUCCAAAGACUCCGGCGACCUUUUCAAAGACAACUACCAUCCUCACUGGUUCUCAUCAUCACCUAAUCCUUCAAACGAUACCCCAACCAAGCAAACUCCACCCUUAUACGAAGUACCGGCCGAUCAUCUUCUAAGCUCGGGGUCGUCAAAAGAGGGGGGUGUGGUCGAUCAGCCCCAUCCAUUGGAGAGCAGUGAUACUGGAGAUGAAGAGCAAGAUGGAGGUAGAUUAGUAGGUGGGGAUAUGGUGACUUAUAGCACUCCUAAGAGAGAUGAUGAUCACAGUGUUCUCUCCUACGGGUCCAAUAACUAUACACUUGGGAAGGAGGAUAUUAGUAAGAUUGAGAAUACCUUCAUGUGGGUCAUCUCUGAUACUGAAACCCUCAAUAUAUACCCAGUACAGGAUCAGUGCAGUAAACCAGUGAGGUCUAUUACACUCCCUUCAAUGCCUUCUUGCAUUAAGCACUUUGAUAACAUGGUAUGCAUUGGACUGACCAAUUCAAAACUGUUAGUGUAUCAUUUUGAAACAAUUACUUCUGAUGGCAGUUGGGACACUGAUAAUCACACUGAUGUUGAGUUGCCUCUCCUUAAUCCGGAAAAGCCUCAACCGGUUUAUUCCGUUGAGCUGGUUGGUAAUAAGCUAUGGGUCACCACAGGCAGUUUUAUAUCUUUGUUGAAUGCAGAGACUCUGGAGAGAGAAGGCAUGAGGUUUCUUGAUACAAUUGAUAACAUUCCUAACCACCUGGUCCAUGUUCAAGAUGUGGUCAUAGCGACUGUUCUCCAGGGACCCUAUUUAUACGUAUUAGACACCCUGAGGGCUGAGGUGGUUAAGAAGAUAGACAUAUCAGCAACCUUUGUACUUCUUGACAACAUAAUGAGUUUCAGCGACAUCCACAUAUCCCAACUCACCAAAGACUCGACUAACCUCUACAUGGGGACGUCCCUAGGCAAAGUGGUUACGAUCCCUCUCUCCUUCUUUGACAGCUUCAGAGAAAACAGGGUCCCUUCUUCCCCUGUCACGAGCUACCCACCGGAAGCAGAAGGAGCUGGGAUAUUAUUCAGGACAAGUGCAGUUGCUGUUCAUGCUCAUAGAGAAAGCCCAAUACAAGGACUCAUUCAUAUAUCACUACCUGAAGGAGCAGCAUUAGGUGCUCUUUCAUCCUCAACUCAAAAUUUGAUGUCAAGUGCUUUAUCGACCACUUCAAAUUCUAACCUGAUAGAAUCCCCACCUCUUAAUAGGAGUAGUGCUAAACGUGGCCGUGUUUAUCAAUCUCUGUUGGUCACUGGUGGGAAGGGACAUAAGGAUUAUAUAGUAGAUCAGGACGAGUUUCAAGAAAGCACUGCUAUUAGGGAGAGGAAUGAUGCUUUCCAGUUAAUGAUAUGGGGAUAUGAUGCUCAAUCUGCUAAUGAAAGUGAUUCAGUUCAAUAAAUAAUACAAUUAUAUUUCAUUCUCUCUUUCUCGUGCUAUUUUUUGUGUGUUUAUAGUGUGCUCAGUUAUUAUUAAAGUUUGUUAUUUUUGAUUGGGUUGUUAAUUAAUGGCAGGAUUAUUAUAUUAUAAUUUUACUAUUAUUUUAUUUUCAAAUUUUAUUUUUUUCUGAGAUAAUAAAACUUUAAUUUGAAUGGUGUAUUAUUUUUUAAUUCGA